AUGGCGACAGCUCCCAAUCUGAGUGUACCCCCCCCCCCCCCCCUGCAGGAACAUGUCGUCUCCUCUGAACCCCACCAGAUACUGGACCUGGUGACAGACUUUACAGAUCAGGUCUUGUCACUGACUCGCAUCUCAAACUGGGUGGAUGAGCCACUGAAGGAGCUCAUGCAGGACAUAGAGACCACCUCUAGGAAAAUGGAAGAGGAUGAUAAGAAACUUACGCUGCAGCUGGGCGAGAUGAAGGACAGGAUCGUCAGCGACCUGGAGAGAGCCGCCACACUCAAAAAGAAGGUUCAGCUCCACGACUCGUUAAAAACAGAGGACCACGAUACGAUGUCGGAUGCUCUGGGUGUGAAGAUAACUGAAGUGCAUCGCUGCUGCGUGGACUCCCGUAUGACCUACCUCAGCACCUUGGAGAAGCUGACCAGUGUUGAAUACCGUAUAUCUUUACUGUUCCAGUUCUUGGAGAGCAUCCCUAAAGAGAACCUGAAGACACUGAGGCUGAUCAAGGACAACGAUAGGAGGGGCAGGCUGCGUGAGGAGCAGCUGAGACUGGAGAAGGAGAAGCACUUAGAAAUGCUGAAGAAGUGCAAGCUAAGAUCUAUGGAUGGAAGCAAGAAAAAAGCUAGAAGAAAGCUCAUGCCCAGGUGCUUCCCUGUUGAGCAGAAGAUCAGAGUCAGUGAGGAGGACAACCUACCUGCAGAGGAAGAACUCCAUGCCUUCCUCUUCACCACUGAGGACGACGAGUAGAAAAUAAAUCAACACAUGCCAUGAAAAGCCAAACAUGUAGAAAUAUGUGUGUCCAAAAGGAAUGGUAGCCUACUGAAAUAUUGCCACAACUUUUUUGGUAACACUUUACAAUAAGGUACACAAAAUGUGCUUAGUUACUGCUUAGUUACUGAGGAACUACUAGAUAGUUAAUGGUUAGUUAAUGAGUAGUUCCUCAGGGACUGCGAUUGAGGAACUGAUGGUUAGUUACUGGUAAACAGACUGGGGGUAGGCUACUGUAUUAAUGAAUCAUUCGUUAAUGGUUACUUAAUGAGGAGUUCCUGGGAGACUUUGAUUGAAGCAAUGGUCCGCUGCAGCAGGGCACUUUUAAACCUGCCAUCUUCGGCUGGCUUGGGUCCCACACUGGA